CGAUCUGUGCGGGUGGAGCGGGGGUGGGUUGCUUCUGGAUCGCCCAAGAGGACAAAAGGGGCUUCAGGCAGGUAACCCAAGAGAAGGGGAAGGAGAUGGAAGAGGAGGACCCAGAAGGACCUAGAAUAGGCAAGAGAUCAAGGGAAAGUCUCCAACCAACCCAGGCUGGGAGUGGUUUUGAAUAUUGGGAAAGAGCUGUGCCAGGGAUCCUGUCUCAGGACACAAUGACUGCAAAUGACCGCAACCACUGCUUCCGGCAGUUCCACUACCAUGAGGCUGAUGGACCCCGAGAGGUUUGCAGCCAUCUCCAUGGACUUUGCAGGCACUGGCUGGAGCCCGAGAGGCGCACCAAGAAGCAGAUCCUGGACCUGGUGAUCCUGGAGCAGUUCCUGGCCAUCCUGCCCCAGGAAAUGCAGUGCUGGGUGAGAGGAUGUGAGCCAGAGAGCAGUUCCCAGGCAGUGGCCCUGGCCGAAGGUUUCCUUCUGAGUCAGGCCGAGGAGAAGAGACAGGCAGAGCAGAUGUGGGGACCAGCUGUAAAGAUGGAAGCGCAGUUCUCUGAGGCAGAUGGAGCUUCAUUAGAGAAAAGUCAGAGGGCGCAGGUCCAGAAGUGUGCCCAAGAUGCCCUGUCAAUUGGACGUGAAGAGAUGUUGUCAAGUCGUCAUCUUUCCAGUGGACCGCAAAUGUCUGCUCCCUUUCUGGUCCAGUCUCCUUUUUCCUUUGAAGAGGUGACUGUGUAUUUCACCAAGGCUGAAUGGGCCCUGCUGGAUUCAAGCCAAAAAACUCUCUAUAGGGAAGUCAUGCUGGAGAACUAUGGGCAUGUGAAGUCUCUGGUAGGAGAUGUAAAGAAGACAGCUGGGGAAUUCCAGGGGUUUUCUUUGGCAAAUGUCAAGAAUGAAGAUGCUGAAGGAAUGUUGAGAGAUGGUGAUGGACCACAGAGGCAGAUGGAAAACCACCCAGGGAAAGAUCGGCAGAACGAGGAUGAGGAACAGCAUCCACUAUUGCCAGAUGAAUACAUGAGGGGAAACUUCUGGAAUCAAGAAAGCCUCAUGAGGCAGAAAGGCAGCCAUGUGGUCAAGAAGAGAGACAAACCCAUUCCUUGUCAAAGGGAGGAUUUCCAAGAAGUCAUUCACAUGGUGGAGGAAACAGACAAGGACCUCGAGUGUGGAAGGAACAUUUCAGAUCAGACCCAAUAUAAGGUCCAUUUAGAAGUACAUAGUGGAAAGUGCACCCAUGAAUGCCUGGAAAGUGGAAAUACUAUAAUUUGCAGAGGAGAGCUUUGUAGACAUCAAAAAACACAUAGAGGAGAGAAAUUUUACAGAUGCUUAGAUUGUGGCAAGAGCAUUUCAGAGAAAUCAGACUUUGUUCAGCACCAAAGAAUUCACUCAGGAGAGAAGCAAUUUAUCUGCUCAGAGACUGGAAUGGCUUUCUCUGAUGGAAGAAAACAUAAUGUACACAUCCCAAAACCCAGUAUAAUGAAGGGACAUAAAUGCUUUCAGUGUGGAAAGUACUUCCGAUAUAGACCACAUCUCAAGGUGCACCAAAAGGUCCACAGAGGGGAGAAACCGUUUGAAUGCUCAGAGUGUGGGAUGAGAUUCAAUUCCAUUAGCCUUCUUCAAAGGCAUCUAAGAAUCCACUCAGGGGAGAAGCCCUUUGAAUGCUCAGAGUGUGGAAAGAAAUUCCGUUCCACUUUCAUAUCUGCGGAGCCUCGGGACAUGCAAGGAACAAAGGAGCACCUGCGGCUGGACUCCUAG